AUGUUGUCUUUCAUUAUUGCCCUGGCCGCCGUUACCGCCUUCCAUUCCGGCGCUCUCCACCCCUCUGCCUCUGCCAUCGACGCUGCCACCAACGCCGACCCUGUCGAUACCUCACCUACUGCCACCGCCAGCCCAUACUUUGAAAUAUACGCCAACGGAUUCCCGGCGUUUCCCGGUUAG